UCUGCCGUGAAAGCACAGAAUAGCCGCUUAUAUUGCUACCUAAAAUGGGCCCGGCACAAUAGUGUCGCGUUACUGAGCACACAGUGCCAGCCGUGGCUGCCUGGUAACUGCUGCCCUCAGGUGCUUACACUGUAAACUGUGCGCCCCCAGGCCCACCCUGCCUGGAGAACGGCGAACUCAGACGACGCCUCCUGACAGAUGUUGACGGUAAACUUGGCGUUCCAACUGUAGCAGGCCUUCACGGCCGACCAACCCGAUGUUUACUAACGAUGACUUCAGUCCCGGACUGACCAGAGCGGCGGAAGCAGACAUGACUCUGUACGGGCAGAGGCGGGAGCUGCUCCCGAAGGACCGCUCCCCCGUCCCGAUAAACGCGAACCCGCCAGGCUGGGUGCACCCUAAACCUUUCCCGGCCCGAAGUCUGGACCUGGGACCGCACCAAGGGUUCCGGAGGAGGUCGGACGGCGUUCCCGGCACGGCCCCCACCUUCCCGCCGCCGCCGUCCCCGCAGCGCGCCGUGCCCGGCAGACCCAUCGCCAGGAUCGGCCCGGACGGCAGGGUCACGCUCAUCUACCCGGCGGACCCGCUGCACAGCCACCUGCACACCAAGCUGAGCCCCGCCGUACGGGAGGGCAUAUCGCACCACUGGAGCAUUCCCAACGUCGGGCGGCGCGCCCUGCACCACCCCCCGCCCAGACUCUACCUGCGGGCCGGGAGGCAGGCCACGGUCAGCCGCGCCAGGCAACAGGUCUCCAGCUUCGUGGCGAGAAAACCUGUGCACUCCACACGCUUCGACAGGAGGAUCCAUGCGGCAGCUCAGCAAGGAGGACAGCACACUCCAGAUGCUUCAAUCGCAAUCCCCACCGGCUGACUCUCCCGCCGUCCCGCCGGCUGACU